CAACUCGUUGCCUUCUCUUGCUCUCUACUCUCUCUCUCUCUCUCACUGCAUCUUUCUGGUUUCGAAUCUCGCUCUUGCUUAGUCUUCUGGUCACCAUCAGUAGACCCGCAUACUCACCCCCCAGUCUUCUCACGCCAAUCACACAGACCCGAUCUGGUGAGAUCCACCUGACACCAGCCAUCGCCUUGCGACUUCAUCCCACCUUAAACUCCCUCGACCGCCUUCCAUCACCACUCUCCGAGGAUACCUCACCCCUCCUUCCAACAACCCCUCCUCUUCAGCUGUGAUACUGCGGGCUGGUGUGCAACGCAGACCUUCGCAGGGAAUCCCCCUUACCACGCACACUUCAGAUCUCCCCACUCAUACUCACAUACCGACCUUAUCAACAAUGUGGUCCUGGUUCGGCGGCGCCGCUGCUCAGAAGCGGAAAGAUGCGCCCAAGGAGGCGAUCCUCUUGCUCCGUGAGCAGCUGGACAUGCUCCAGAAGCGCGAGAAGUACCUUGAAAGCCAGAUGGACGAGCAGGAUGCAAUUGCAAGGAAGAACGUGACGACGAAUAAGACCGCGGCUAAGAACGCCCUCCGACGGAAAAAGAACCACGAGAAGAACCUCGAGCAGACGACGGCGCAGAUCGUACAGCUGGAACAGCAGAUCUACUCCAUCGAGGCGGCCAAUAUCAACCAAGAGACUCUGAAUGCUAUGAAGGCGGCUGGUGCGGCCAUGACGCAGAUUCAUGGUUCGAUGACUAUUGAUAAGGUUGAUGAGACGAUGGACAAACUCCGCGAACAGCACCAACUCAGCGAGGAAAUCGCUCAGGCUAUUACAAGCAACUCCAUCACCGAACAACCGGACGAGGCAGAUCUCGAAGCGGAGCUCGAGGGCUUGGAGCAGGAGGCUAUGGACGAGCGCAUGCUCAAGACCGGCACCGUACCUGUCGCGGACCAGCUCAAUCGGUUACCCGCCGCUGCCAACGGAGAACUCAAAACCCAACCCGCACACACCGAGGAAGAAGACGAGGAGGCGGAGCUGGAAAAGCUUCGUGCCGAGAUGGCCAUGGGAUAAACAGGGGUUCUGGGCGCUGUGCACCCCUUCUUGCUUCCUUUAUACCUUGCCAUCAUCUUUUCUCCGAAUUAAAUACAUUUGGUCUUGUUUGCCAUUUGCGCCGUGUUUGUUUUCUUCUCCGUUUGUCUCGUGCUGGAUCUUACACCUCUACCUCUCUUUUGCGUCUUGGAGUUGAGCCGCUUUGCGCUGCCUUGUCUUUCUUCUCGCAACACUACUACUACUACUACUACCUACAACAAUCGCAUGAUGGAAUGAAUGAAUCAAUGUCUAACUAGAUCUUCCUACUGUCAUUCAAGGACUGAUUCUACUUGGAAGCAAAUGUACCCUGCUCAGCUGAUUAGGUGACCAGCAAAUCGUCAACCACCAUGGUCCCCAAAACAAAGAUAA